CGCGCACGGCACGAGGCACCAGUCACUUGUUGGUCAGACGCACAGAGGCACGCUGGACGCUGUCCACAUUAGCAUACGGGACCCGUUUUGGGAGGCGUGACUUGGGCUUCUUUUCUGUCUUUUGCUAAGUUGUUUUAAUGUCUACGGCAAGGGUUAGCGGCUACGUGGAUUUUAAAGAAGUACGAGAAGUGUCAAUUUGAUUCAUGGACUCAACGCGGACUACAGCUAAAACUGUCAAGAGGCUGCUACGAGCUUGACUUCAUUCUGUCAACAUUCAGUUUGAGAGCAUGAAGUUGUGUUUGGACGCUAUGCCGGUGCUGAGGAUUGUGCUGUUCAUCUUGGAGGCUGUCUUACUGGUCCACUGUGCGCGAGGACCUCCGCGCAUGUCUGAGAAGGUUUUUCAGCGACAGACAGUCCGGCUCGGGACUGCCAUCAAGCUACCUUGCCCGGUGGAAGGAGACCCGCCGCCACUCAUCAUGUGGACCAAAGACGGGCGCAACAUCCACAGUGGCUGGAUCCGUUUCCGCAUCCUCCGCAUGGGCCUGAAGAUCAAGGAGGUGGAGGCGGACGACACGGGCACAUACAUUUGUAAAGCCACUAAUGGCUUUGGCAGCAUCAACGUCAACUACACUCUCAUCAUCAUCGAUGACUCAGGUUCUGAUAGGAGCAGACCCGCUGUGUAUGAUGGGGCACAUUCAGAGCGUGGUUCUGAUGGCUUGGUAGAAAAGCUUGUGCGCCCCCGCUUCACCCAGCCUGCUAAAAUGAGGAAGAGGGUGAUAGCCCGACCUGUGGGAAGCUCAGUACGCCUCAAAUGCACGGCCAGCGGGACCCCUCGGCCGGACAUCGUAUGGCUGAAGGACGGCCAGCCGCUGACCGAGCAAGAGGUUGGCGAGGGUCGCCAGAACAAGUGGACCCUGACCCUGAAGAACCUGACGCCCGAGCACAGUGGCAGAUACACCUGCACGGUGUCCAAUCGGGCGGGAGAAAUCAACGCCACAUAUAAAGUGGAGGUCAUACAAAGGACCAACUCCAAACCGGUUCUGACAGGCACUCACCCUCUCAACACGACGGUGAACUACGGAGGCACCACGUCGUUCCAGUGCAAAGUGAGGAGCGACGUCAAGCCGGUUAUCCAGUGGCUGAAGCGCGUGGAGACUAAUGAGGAGAGCCGCUACAACUCCACCAUUGAAGUGGGAGACCACCGCUUUGUGGUGCUGCCCACAGGGGAGGUGUGGUCGCGACCCGACGGCUCCUACCUCAACAAGCUGCUCAUUACUCGCGCCAAGGAGGAGGAUGCCGGCAUGUACAUCUGCUUAGGUGCCAACACCAUGGGGUACAGCUUCCGCAGCGCCUUCCUCACUGUGCUGCCAGACACCAAGCCUCCCAUCACGCCCAUCUUUCCCGCGGCCUCCAGCUCCCUGCCAUGGCCGGUCAUCAUCGGCAUCCCCGCUGGAAUCGUGUUCAUCUUCGGCACCGUGCUGCUUUGGUUCUGCCAGAGUAGAAAGCAGUGCCCCCCUCCCGUCGGCCCCGCCGCCGCGGCCCCCCACCGGGUGCCGGUGUGUCGAGAGCGGGAGCGAGGCUGCGCCGCCGCGGACAAAGACUGCGUGAGCUCCGUGAACUACGAGGAGUACCUGGCGCAGCAGCAGCAGCAGCUCCUCCUCAACCAGGGAGGCGCCGCCAAGAUCUAUCCCAAAAUCUACACUGACAUUCACACGCACACACACUCCCACGUGGACGGCAAAGUACAUCAGCAUCAACACAUUCAUUUCCAGUGUUAGCGAAUCCAAAAACAAACAAACAAAAACUUUUCACGGUGGGACAUUUGUCAGGGGAAAACAACCCUAAAUUGGCCAGUCAUAUGACAACAUCGUGACAUUUGGUGCUGUCACUUUUAUUUUGUAUUUCUGUGUGCGUCCACAUUGUCAGACUCUCACGACACUAAAGAUCCAUCAGUCCUUGCUGUGCACUUAAUUUAAAAAGGACGUUCGGUGUGAGUGUGAGUGUGAAUGCAGCUGGCUGUUCGGGCCGAAUGAGAAAGGUCUUCUUCUGCAAAGCCGUUUCACCUCCUGCUUCAUCAGCUGUCAAGGUUCAAAAUGGUACUGGAGGUGUACAAAAGGGCUCGUUACGUCCUACUCAGGUUGUCCUUUUGUCAAAUAUGCUUCGUAUUUUGGAAUGCUGACCACUAUCUUAUCACACUAAAUGGCUCAAAUAUUAGGUACGCCUGCACAAUCCAAAGAAAAGCAAUUCAGGAUUUGUGUUCCUGCAAGGGUAAUUAAUAAGGCUCAGUUGAAGGACACUGUCAGAGAGGUAUUCAUUUAGCAAUUAUUGUGUUUGCAGUUCACAGACAAACGCCUCUCCGUGUAAUACAAUGGAAACCGCAAUAAUAUUAAGCAACAACCUAGCAAACAUCACUAGAUAUGUCAUGUCAAGAUGAACAUUGGAAAUGACUACAAAUUGGAAAAUGUAUUGAACUUGAUUUGUAAGUAAAUAUAAAAAAAAAAAAACAUGUCUCUUGGUCAUCCUGUAAGGCCAUAAACACCAUAAAUAAUGCCAAAUCGAGAAAGCCCCCAUGAAGACCGUUAAUGUGAGGUGUGAAGCGAUCGGGGUUUGUGAGUGACCUUAUUAGUUGUCAACUUUGUCACGUGGUGCUGCCCCUAAAGGUCAAGUUAGAUAGCUGAGCGGCUACUACAUGUCCAACACAGGAGUGAUGAUCAGAGAAAACUUCAUCAUUCGCUUACUGUAUAUGCGGAAUAUCAAGCUCUUUUGUGAGUCUAAUACAAGGUGGAGAUUGGUGAUAUUUCUGAGCAAAAAUAUGUUUUUGGGUCAUUAUGUCAUCAUAUAAGUGAAUAUUGACCCCCAAAAAAACGUUAUAUGUGGAAAGCUCUCAUGAAGGCGUUAAAUUUGUGGUGUGACUCAAUGUUGUUUGUGGCAAACCGUUUUCUGAUAGUGUUACUCAAAACUGAGUAUUAUCUCUGCCAAGGCCAAAUAAAUAAAUAUUGCCUAAUGUGUACCUAAUGAGGUGUCUGGCGCGUGUACCAACAUUGUCCAAGACUGCAAGGCAUGAGUGAAGUAUGUUUCAGUUUUACCUGGGGGGGGGGGGGGGGGGGAAAGGUCCUUUUAAAUGUUCUACCUAAAAAUCCUACCAUUAGUCAUGUUUAGAGUUCUCAACCAAUGAGAGUUUGUGAAGCCCCACUCAUUUCUAAUCAAACUCAGUCAUGAAUUCUUAAUUUAUUUUGAUUUUUUUUAAAAAUGUAUCAAAAGAAGUUUAUUUUUCCGAGUAAGGCGUUUUACGUUUCUAUGUCAUGUAAUUAUAAAGUAUACUUUGUGAUGUCGUGUUUAGUAUAUUUGAAGUACAGUUUAUUCAUAUUUAGUUGAUUUAGUUAAUUGUGUAUGCAAAUAGUUCUAUUUUUAACAAUCCCAAAUGUUCUGUUAUGAAAUCAUAUCGUUUGGUGAUUUGAGUAAAUGAACGAAAAGUGGCA